GGGGGCUGAGCUUUUGGAGCCAGGAGAAGAGAAGGAGAAGGGGGCAGGGAAGGAUGAAGUUGGAUCUGACUUCUGUCACAAGAGGAAACUAAGAGAUUUAAGGGUCUGAUUUCAAAGGCUUCCUGAUUGCCAAGGACACUGGGAAGGUGGCCAUGUGAAUCUGAGAAUAUCAGAGCUGGAAAGGGAGCUUUGAGUCUGUCUAAUCCCAUUAUUUUACAGAGUGGAGAAACAGAGGCAGAGAGAGGGGAAGUCAUUUGUCUAGGCUCAAGGAUCAUAUGGUUGGUGGAGAAUGAGCCAUGACUGGAAACUGGGUAUCUUGAUGGCCAGUCUAGUGUCUUUUGUACUAGACCACACUUCAUUGUCUCUCCUGGAGAGAUUCCCUGCCCCUGACCUGAGAGCUGGCUAGGGGUAGAGAUGUCCUGGAAUGACCCAAAGGCAGUUUCUCUGCUCUUGUUUGGUCCUGGCACCUACCUGAUUACAUCUGGCAUCCACAGGGCAGCUCGUGACUUGAGCCCCCACUGUUCUGUCCCACGCCUGUUCAGCAGUCUGACUAAUCCCCUCCAUGUGGGGAGCUUGGUGCCAGGGUCCAGGCAGGCACCAAGAGGAGAGUUGUAAUCUGCUUUUCAGAUUUGGAAUCUACAGAGGGAUUUAACCCUUGGAAAUUUAGUUCCCUGGAGUGGGAGGGACAGAUUAAAACCUCCCUUUAUCAGGGCUAGAAAAAAGCUCAGCAGGGAGACCCAGCGUAGGACAGGGGGCAAAUGCCAAGACUGAUCCUCGUUCCUGCUGUGCCCUCAUGGCUCCCAGAACAGUCCUCAUCACUGGCUGUUCUUCAGGCAUCGGGUUGGCACUGGCUGUGAGACUGGCCACUGAUUCCCAGGGUCGCUUCAAAGUGCUGGCCACUAUGAGGGACCUCAGUCGCCGCGGACCCCUUGAGGAAGCAGCUGGAUCGGCCCUGGGACAAACCCUAGAGAUUGGGCAACUGGACGUCUGUGAUGAAGGCUCCAUCACUCGAUGCCUGAAUAGGCUUCCGGGACAAUAUGUGGACAUCCUUGUCAGCAAUGCUGGCAUAGGGCUCAUUGGGCCUCUAGAAUCACUGUCCCUGGAUGACAUGCGCCAGGUCAUGGAUACCAAUUUCUUUGGGUUGGUGCAGCUGGUUAGGGCACUGAUGCCUGCCAUGAAACGCCAACGCCAGGGGCACAUUGUGGUCAUCAGCAGCAUCAUGGGCUUACAAGGCAUUAUGUUCAAUGACAUCUAUGCAGCCUCCAAAUUUGCAGUAGAGGGUUUCUGUGAGAGUCUCUUGGUACAGGCUCUUCGUUUCAACAUCUCGGUAACACUGGUAGAGCCAGGCCCUGUGACCUCAGAGUUCGAGGGAAAGCUGUAUUCCGGGGUGGAGCAGGCAGACUGCGUUGGCACUGACUCUGAGACUGCAGACAUCUUUACUCGCAUCUACUUGCCCAACUCCCGGGCUCUCUUUGCCAGCCUGAGCCAGAGCCCUGAAGAUGUGGCCGAGCACACCCUGAAGGUUAUCUGUGCCCGCUGCCCACCCUUCCGCCACCAAACCAACCCGGCCUACACACCCAUGCUGGCCCUGAAGCGCGCCGACCCAUCGGGGGAACUGGCGGGUGCCGCCUUCUACCGCUUGGUGUUUAGCCAUGGGCCGCUGCUCCGGGCUAGCCUUCACGCCGUGCGCCUCUGCCGCUGGAAGGCGCGCAAGCUCCGCCAGGCUCUCCGCCUGCUGGGCCUCCGCUGAGCCGGGUCCUUUCAUUCCCGCUCCUAUCCCCCAACCCGCCGGGCUGUGGGCAAGCUUGAAGAGGCUUCGCUCGCUAGCUUUCCUUCAGUACCGGGGCGGGAAUACCCCUCCACCCCCAUCUCCCCUCAGAAUUGCGCUGGUGAGCCAGGGCUCCCGGGGCCUGGGUAUGCGCAGCGUGCGUGUAGUCUCUAGUGUUGGAGGGACUGAAUGGAGGAGCGUAGGACUUGGGGCCCUUUGGGCUCCUCUCGCUCCUCUGUUCAGCUGCCAAACCCUAGUAACCCAUUGUUGGUAUCGUCUAGGGCAGAUCCCUCGCUCCCUUCUCAUUUUCCAAAGGGGAAACCCGAAGCUCAGAGAGGAGUGGGAGUAUGUCUGAGGUCACACAGAGUCCCCCUGGAACCCGGGUCUCCACACUCCAAAAGCCCCACAUCUUGACACCACGAGGAUCUAAGGCGCUGGGUUCGGGCGGGCUGCCGGGGAUUGAGGGGUGGAGGAGAGGCGGCUGCUAAGCGCUACCUAAGCCGGGGAUUGGUGAGAGAACUACCCAAGAAGAGUCUGGAUAAUAAAGCGCUAAGUAGCA